UUAGUAUACGAUGAUAACAGCUUGUUUUCCCCUUUUAAGCAAGCCUCACCUAAGCUUUUUUUUAAGAAUUUAAUUUAUGUACAUUACAUCUUUAUUGAACGACGUUCCCACGUUCCUUUCAACUACCAAAUCAAAGUUUCCAUGAAAAUGCCAUAAAAAUUUCCAACCAAACCUUUGUCUGCAGCACGAAAGAUUACAGUCUUUUUUGUAUAAAUUAUGGCUCAUCCAUUUUCCACUACGAUCUUAAAAAUUUCUGUUCUAUUGCAUAUUGUAUAAACAGUUUACAAGUCUGAUAAUUCAUCUAUUGCAAUAAUUUUACGAGAUGGGCAACAUGUGCGGUUGUGGUAAGAAAAGUAGUGGCGAGAAAAUUGGUGGUCAUCCUCACGAACUUGGUGUUAAGGAACGGACACAUCCCUUGAUUCAGAAAAUUAACGACGGUUCCGAAUUCUCGCAAGUACUCCAGAACCCAACGAACAGUGGAAAAAUUGUAGUCGCUGAUUUCAUGGCUCCGUGGUGUGGACCGUGUCAACAAAUCUCUCCUGCCGUCGAAAAGUUUGCCGAAGAGUUUAGCGACCAUGCUGUUUUCAUAAAGAUCAACGUUGACGAGAACGAUGAGCUUGCAAUGUCCUACGGCGUGUCUUCUAUGCCGAAAUUCAUAAUUUUCAAGGACGGAGUAAAGCUGGACGAACUUAAUGGAGCAAAUCCAGAAAAGCUUCACCAACUUAUUCUUCAGCACAUCACCCAGAAGUGAAAUUGAGACCUUUAAUUUUGUGAAACGUACAAAAAUGUACGCUCAGACUUGGACUGUCACACAUUGUAAAUUCUCAAAUUUCUAGGUUAAUUGUGGCCAAAUCAAUAUGCUAAAUUUUAGGUGGGAGCGAGGGUAAUAUAAUUUACAGUAUUUACUUAUCGUGCCUACUUUCCGUUUACCAACGUAUUUGUGUACUCUCUGGCGUCAGUCAAGUAUUUUCCAUAAUAAAACAAGAUUAUUAAACAUAAUUUUUAGCCGACAGGAAAAAACAUGUUUUUAUUGAUGUACACACCUUCAAUUGCUCCGUAGCUAUCAAUUUGUUAAUAUUGUUAAUUACCUUACCAAAUUGUAUACAACAGAGGCAAGACUGGAUUGCAGGUACAAUACAUAAUAUCUUGUUAAACAGGCGAUAACUAUUUCUGGAUUAAAGUUAAAGCCACAUUUUUCCGACAACACAAAUAAAGAAAUGCCCACAGAUAUCCAAUGGUCCCAGUGAGGGUCAUUUUCAGUUGAACUCUUGUUCCCAAUGAACCAUUGAUUUUUUUAACAUAUUACUACUUUGGUGCUCUUGUAUAGAUUUAACGAACUAUGGAUUUCUUAAAAAUUCUAGUCUUCCUGAUUUUAGUUCUUUGCUUUGCUGGACUAUCCUCACAAAGCCUUGUCCAGUACUUAGAAUUCCAUCGAAACACUGACUGCACAGAUUUAUCCGGAACGCUUGAAAACACUGAUUUAACUAUUGGGACACGGCCUGGGUUUUUUGAUGCAAAAGCUUUCAAAGCAAAUGGCAUGUGGCGAGUACAUUCCAAAAUGAAUGACACUACCACCAAACUUGAUUUAGACUACAGAAGGGACUUGUGCGUCCCUUCGCCGCCUGGACACAUGUCUUACUCAGCAGCAGAACGGCUCGGGAAUGCGGCUCAGAACAUUAGUUUUUUGGUAUUUUUCAUGGAACGAGGUCUGACUGGGGUCGGGAUUAAUUCUCAAAACACUUCCGAAACCAAUUUACUAAGAACGUUCAUGGCACUGUCGUGGUUCUUCGAAGGAGAUGAUUCGUGGACGGUUUACUCUGGAGAAAAUUUUACCGGGGACUCACAAUGUCUUGCACCACACAAAGAUGUUACGGAAUCCCAUUACGGCUUCACUUACGACUUUAAUUCAAGGCUAAUUGUGCGGUCUGGAAAAAUUGGGUGCACAUCUGGGACCGGCACCACCGGGAAGGGCGUGUCACUAAAAGGAUUUGUCAGUACUUUCUUAUUAUUGGUCGUAGCAAAGGUCAUGCAAUUUAAUCAUAUUUAGUGUUAUCUUCACAAUAAUGCUUUGGGAAAAAUAAAAUUAUGUCUUCAACAUUCAA